AUGUCAGUCAAGCGGGUUCUUGUGAUCGCAGGGUCUGACAGCUCAGGUGGCGCCGGUCUUGAGGCUGACCAGAGAGUUUUGGCAGCUCAUGGUGUUUAUGCCCUCACAGCUACAACCGGACUCACUGCACAAAACACCCUCGGCGUGCAGGACAUCUUUGUUGUCCCCGCUGAGUUUGUUCGAAAGCAAAUCAAUGCUGGCCUUGAGGAUGUAGGCACUGAUGUAGUGAAGCUGGGAAUGCUAUCGUCCGCCGAGACGAUUGAUGUCAUCGCAGAAACACUGCAAGCCCACAAGCUUCCCCCAAUUGUCCUUGAUCCGGUAAUGAUUUCCACCAGCGGGUCACAGUUGCUCCCGGAAAAGGCUGUUAAAGAACUUCGAACAAAGCUUCUCCCUCUCACGACCAUCCUGACCCCCAAUAUUCCGGAGGCUCAGCUUCUUAUCAAGGAUGCCGGCGAUGAAGCUCCGGAACCUGCAGACUUGGCUGGAAUGAUCUCACUUGCUAAACAGAUACGCUCGCUGGGUCCCAAGGCUGUACUGCUGAAGGGUGGCCACCUCCCUCUCACGAAGGACCACAAAACGGCCCAAACCCCACAAGAUGGAACUAUUGUGGUUGAUAUUCUCGUUGAUGAAGAUACCACAACUUUGUUCGAGACGGAAUUCUUGGUUUCUAAGAACACGCAUGGUACUGGCUGCUCAUUGGCAUCGGCAAUUGCGGCAAACCUGGCCCAAGGGAAGGACACGAUCCGAGCGGUUCGCAACGCUGUUCGGUUCGUUGAAGUAGGUAUUAAAACGAGUACUGAUCUUGGCAAGGGAAGUGGGCCCAUUAACCAUUUCCACUCGAUGUACACGAUGCCUUUUGCGCCCGGUCGAUUCGUUGAAUACGUUCUAGAUCGCCCGGAUGUUCAGACAGUCUGGCAGAAGUUUACCCAUCAUGAGUUUGUUGAGGGCCUGGGCCAGGGUACGCUUCCCCUGGAUCGAUUCAAGGAGUAUCUCGUGCAAGAUUAUCUAUACCUGGUUCAAUUCGCCCGAAGCAACGCACUUGCCUCUUACAAGGCAAAGACGAUGGAUUCGAUAGCAGCAUCGGCCCAAAUUGUACUACACAUUCAGCGAGAAAUGGCACUGCAUCUGGACUACUGUGCAUCUUUUGGUCUAUCUAAAGAAGAGAUAGAGGCUCACUCGGAAACAAUCGCGUGCACUGCAUACAGCCGGUAUAUACUUGACGUGGGACAAUCCGAGGAUUGGCUCGCGCUACAGAUGGCGCUGGCACCUUGUUUGAUCGGAUAUGGUACCAUUGCCAGGCGACUUCAUUCUGAAGAAGGCACUCUCCGAAAGGGGAACCAAUUUUGGAAAUGGAUUGAGAACUAUGUCGCCGAGGACUAUACGGAAGCAGUUCGUCUGGGAUCCGAACUACUGGAGAAACAUAUGCAAAAGGUAUCGCCCAGUCGUAUGGAGGAAUUAAUCGAGAUCUUUAUGCGGGCUACGGAGUUGGAGAUCCGCUUCUGGGAUAUGGGGUUAAGCGACCAGAAGGUGUGA